UCGGAACAACUGAGGAUAAAAUUUGGAACCCAAUUAAUUGGGUUUAUUAUAUCAGCCAAAACCAAACCUUUAGUAAAUUUGUAUAUAUAAUUACCCUUCUCUCCCACCGUGCACAACUAUUUGAUUUUCAUUUUAAUUUUUGAGUUUGUUCUUAACGUUUUCCUUGCUCUAAACGCUACCGUUGCUUCUCUCCUCUUCUCAGUAUUCAGUUUUGGUCACUGUAAACCCUACCAACAGUGUUCACAACUGCAACCGCGAUCGAUUGUUUCUGAUUUUGUGUUGACUUUUUGAAUGGGUUGCAUUGCUCUUUGCGAUUUUUUGGUCAGUGUUAUGUGUUUGAUUGAUCACGACUCGGUUUACCUUACAAGAAAUUGUGGAAAUGGCCAUCUUGAUUACGACGAUUGCUUUGAGGAAUCUGCAGAAUUUCGGACUGGCUUAUGAAAUUUAUGGUUUAGAUUGUUAAAGAACUAGGGAUAUGUAUUUACAGCUUAAUCUUGAAGCAUUGCAAGAACCUAGUGAAUGCUGUUAAUGCAUCUCUGUAGUUUCACCGCACCAAUCACUGCUGGUCGGGAAAAUUGACUUACAAUGACGGAUAUCGUGGACAUAAGUUCAUCUGAUAGUGAUUUCGAAAUAGAAGAUGGUAGAGGCACUGCACAUUCUGAUGUUGUGAGAUAUCUUCCAAAUUCGCUAUCGGUACCAGGCAGAAACUCAAAUAUUAGAGGUUAUGUGGGGCAGUCUAGAAAUGUUACUUCUCCUAAUUAUGGGGCAUUUUCUUCUAAUGGGAGCUCACGUAAUGUUAAUGGCCAUAUACGGGUGCAGCAGCAGAUUUAUCCUCAUUUCAGUGAUGAUGCAGGCCCCUCUAAUCAAAUCAUUGCACCAGCAAAUGAUUCAAAGUUUCAUGCAGAUGUUAAUUCCUAUCAGCAGCCUCCGACCAAUAAUCCACGGAUGGCUAAUUAUUCUGCAGGGCCAAGUUCAACCGUUAGCAGGGGCCACAUGAGAGAUUACUCCAGCAUGGGCAAUGAUAAUGACGUUUUCAUGUAUGAAAACAAUGGGAGUAGAAUUCUUCCACCUUCUAUGAUGCAUUUAAAGUCUACUGCUCCUACACAAUUUGCUACUUCGAGUGAAUCUGUAUACCGCUCCAUGACUGGGGAAGAAAGGGUUGCUGAAAGUGAUGAAAGACUGAUAUAUCAAGCUGCGUUGGAGGAUCUCAACCAACCAAAAGUGGAAGCUAAUUUACCUGAUGGUCUUUUGUCAGUAUCUCUUCUUAGACAUCAGAAAAUUGCAUUGGCAUGGAUGCUUCAGAAAGAAACUAGAAGUCUACAUUGUUUGGGUGGAAUUUUAGCUGAUGAUCAGGGACUUGGCAAGACUAUCUCAAUGAUUGCUCUCAUACAAAUGCAAAGGUUCUUGCAGGCAAAAUGCAAAUCAGAGGAGUCAUGCAGUCAAAAAACUGUAGCUUUGGACAUUGAUGAUGAUGAUGAUGAUGUUAAAGUUGGUUCAGAUGAAGUCAAGAAAACUGAACAAUCAGAUGAUGUUAAGUCAAUUCCAGAAGUUAGUACCUCUACAAGGGUUUUCAAUAAGCGGAGGCCAGAUGCUGGUACAUUGGUUGUGUGUCCAGCUAGUGUCCUUCGACAGUGGGCUAGGGAGCUGGAGGAGAAGGUUGCAAGUGAAGCUACGUUGAAAGUCCUAGUCUAUCAUGGAGGUAACAGGACAAAGGAUCCUGUUCAAUUGGCCAGCUAUGAUGUGGUUGUCACAACAUAUGCCAUUGUAACUAAUGAAGUCCCAAAACAACCUUUGGUUGAUGAGGAUGAUGAUGAAAAAAAUGGGGAAAAACAUGGAUUAUCUUCUGAGUUUUCCACAAAUAAGAGGAAGAAGAAGACUUCAAAUGUUAGCAAGAGGGGUAGGAAAGGUAGAAAAGGAAUUGAUAGUUCUACUGUUGAUUAUGAUUGCGGUCCCCUUGCAAGAGUUGGUUGGCUUAGGGUGAUAUUGGAUGAAGCUCAGACAAUCAAGAAUCACAGAACUCAAGUGGCUAGAGCUUGUUGCAGCCUUCGAGCCAAAAGAAGGUGGUGCUUAUCUGGUACACCAAUACAAAAUACAAUUGAUGAUUUGUAUAGCUACUUCAGGUUUCUAAGAUACGACCCCUAUGCAGUGUAUAAAUCAUUUUGCAACACAAUAAAGGUUCCAAUAUCUAGAAAUGCAGUUCAAGGAUACAAGAAGCUUCAAGCAGUUCUAAGAGCUAUUAUGCUGCGUCGAACAAAAGGAACAUAUAUCGAUGGGGAGCCCAUAAUCAACUUACCACCAAAGACCGUUUGCUUGUCUAAGGUGGACUUCUCAUCAGAGGAGCGGGCCUUUUAUACUCAGCUAGAAGCCGAUUCACGUUCACAAUUUAAGGCAUAUGCGGCUGCUGGCACAGUGAAUCAGAACUAUGCAAAUAUUCUUUUGAUGCUUUUGCGUCUCCGGCAGGCUUGUGACCACCCAAUUCUUGUCAAGGAAUAUAAUUCUGAUUGUGUCGGAAAAGAUUCUGUAGAAAUGGCUAGAAGACUCCCCAGAGAUAUGCUUAUCAAUCUGUUGAAUCAUUUGGAAGUUUCUUUGGCUAUCUGUAGGAAGUGUGAUGAUCCACCUGAAAACCCUGUUGUUACUAUGUGUGGCCAUGUUUUCUGCUAUCAGUGUGUAUCAGAGUAUUUGACUGGGGAUGACAAUACGUGUCCUGCUACUGAGUGCAAAGAACAAGUUGGGUCUGAUGUUAUUUUUUCCAAGGCUACUCUGCGAAGUUGCAUCUCUGAUGAUCUUGAUGGUAGUCCUGUGAAUUAUCCAUUUGUUGAUAAAACACUAGUCAUGCAGAGUGACUACAGUUCAUCUAAAAUCAAAGCUGUGAUUGAGAUUUUGCAAUCACAUUCUAAGCCAAACUACUUGGAUGGAGAACCAUGUAGCUCUGUCUCUGCUGGAUGCAAUGGAAGCUCAUCUUUAGUUAAAGAGUUUGCAAACAGUUGCCAUUCACGUGUUGAUGUGUUAAAGCAUACAACAACAUAUUCGAACAAGCCAAUUGAAGGACCUAUUAAAACUAUUGUUUUUUCCCAGUGGACUAGCAUGUUGGACUUAGUUGAGGACUCACUGAAACAAGCUUGUAUACAAUACCGAAGGCUUGAUGGCACAAUGAGUCUAGUUUCAAGAGACAAGGGUGUCAAAGACUUUAAUUCAGAUCCAGAGGUUACUGUUAUGCUGAUGUCGCUGAAGGCAGGAAAUCUUGGUCUAAACAUGGUUGCUGCGUGUCAUGUUAUCCUUUUGGAUCUUUGGUGGAAUCCCACUACGGAAGACCAAGCUGUUGAUAGGGCACAUAGAAUUGGACAGACUCGUCCUGUUGCUGUAACGCGGCUCACUAUAAAAAAUACAGUGGAAGACAGGAUAUUAGCUCUGCAGGAAGAAAAGAGAAAAAUGGUUGCUUCUGCUUUUGGUGAAGAUCAAAGUGGAGGCUCCGCAGCUCGCUUGACAGUAGAAGAUCUUAAAUAUCUAUUUAUGGUUUAAAUAUUGUCUCCGGUGCCUAUAGUUUUGGUUAUAGCCUUAGGUAUUUAUUGAUGCUAAUUUGCUUAGAAACCUACAACCGUCAUAGAGUCAAAAUAUGAAUCUAGAUCCUGGUGCGUGGAGACAAGAAAAAAAAAUAUAUAUAUAUGGCGACGACGGUGCCUGACAGAACAGCUUGUCAAACAGGAUGGAUUGGUGUAGGCACAUGUAAAUGGUCAUUUGCAUGAGUUAUAGUUUUUGUUUUUGAGGCCUAUGAAGGCAAUUUUUGUCCCCAUCAAGUCCUGUUAGAUAGCCAAGCCAAGCCAAGUGCACCUCCUGUAUAUAUUCAGAUUAAGUGCCUUUAUUAUUGUAUACCAACCGUUCAAAUGCAAUGUGUUUCUUUCCAAUGUUA